UAAAGGUUACGCUGGAUUCUCGGGUUUCGUUUCAACGGUGUAAGCUACUCUUCGCGGCGCUACGUUGCGGGUUACGUGUGAUAACGGCGCAGUUGGCACCUCCGUAGUUCGCCUUGCCGAGUGCCCUCGGCUCAGUUAUCUGCCGACAACAAACCGAAUUAGUUACGAUUUUUCUCAAUCGCAUUUGGCCAUACGUGGGCCUUCGUGCCCGCAUGCCGUAGUGGCUACGUCGCGCACCUGCGGCGCGACACAUGUGCGCGCGCGUGUCAAUCUGGUGUCUCGUGGCACUUUGGCCGGCGUCGAAAAAUUGCUCGAGAAGUACAAGUUCUUUCACGUCGGCGUUCGGCGAAUUGCGUAUGUCGGCUUUUCUCGCAGUAGCGCGAAUGCGUCGAGCUGCGCUUAUCGCCAUAGCUUGCUACGCCGUACGUUUUACGAGCGGCACUAGCCCGUCGCCUCGAACGGUAUAACGAAGAAACAAAAAAGAAAAAAAAAAAAAAUACCACGUACACGCUCGUUCUCGCGUUGGUAAGUCGAACUGAAAAAUAUUAAUGCUUCAAAGCAGUGAACAUAUUUUUGCGCUAGUAUAAAAAAAAAGUGCAGUCCAACAGGUUUUCCCAAAUCGGCACUUUUUUUUUGGUUUCGGUGUAUGAAGCGACCGCUACACAUUUAGACCGGAAGUUGGACCGCGGACAGGAAGUUGAAAAAAUACGUCGUCUUGCGGUGGGUACGCGCCGAAGGCAGCCAUAUUGUUCACUUGAUGUAAAAUCUCAUCCAAUCGAAGGGCUAAAAUAAUUAAUUCUAGCUUUUGUGGAUAUUAUGUCGAAGCUCUGAUGUCUACUCUAGGGCCUAGAGUGGUUAUUUUAUGAGUGUGCGAUCGGCAACGACCCGUAUGAGGCAUCGCUCUCCACCUAUGAGGACCCCAAUCCAUCCCUGUCUCGCUUUGCAAUGAGCCUACCUCAGAAGUCAAAAUAUUCUGGGGUUUCGCCAAACAUAGCGCAGCAGUCAAGAGGACCUCACACGUAUCCUUUUCGCGGAUUUGGGCCUCGGAUCUACCCGCAGUGUGUCGACGAGCCGCCGAAAGAAGACUACAGAUUGCCACACGCCUACUCGCUAUCGAGAGGAGGCGUGAGCAGCGCUGGCGGGGCCCAUGAGAUGAACAAGCAAGCGCUGGGGCAGCAGCCUCCCCCACCGGGUGCGCUGUACCUGGCCCAGGGUCCUGCCUCCCUGGGACAGGGUCCCCCCCAGCAGGCACCCCAGCCACAGCACCCAGCCACCAUGCACGUGGGGCCGGCGUACUUCCAGGCGAGGCAGCCACAGCAGGUGCAACAGGGGCCUCCACAGCCUCCCAAUCCUCAAGCAGCACCACCUCAGGGUGGGCCUCAGCAAGUGGGUGGAGCGGGUGGGCGGGGACCUCCUGGCGGGGGCGGGCCCCCGUCCAUGGGCCGGCCACCUCCCCUCACACAGGCCGCACAGCUAGGGCUGAGCCAACUCGGCACACCCCCUGGAGCAGCUCCGCAGCCCCCCGUGGCCACGGCGGCUGCCUAUCCAGGUGCAGCCAUAAUGCCGAACUAUGCGAACCAAGCGGCGGGAUACCCGGCACCCCAGCACAUGUCCCAGCCGCCCAUCUUACUUGGCAGCUGCAUGAACCUGAUGACAGAUCCUACGGCAUGGCUGCCGUAUCCUCCCCAGCGGCCUGGCCAGUUCAGCCCAGCCCCGCAGUAUGUCUACCCGCCCUACCUUCAGGCCCAACAGUCUCCGCAGAUGUUCUACAAUACUGCGCAAGGGAUGAUGUCCGUGUCCCUACCGGGUGGUGGUGCGCCGUCCCAGGUGCAGGCGCCUCGGGGCCAGCAUGCGUACCAGCAGGGUGCUCCGCAGCUUCAGCCACGGCAGAGGCACGUCCUUGAGAUUAAGGACCCCAUUUCAGGCAGGAACAUUCUCGAGGACAUCGACUCUACACCUGCUGAGACGACCCCAACAGCUUCGGAGCAGCCAUCUUCGAGUGCCACCGACAUUGCUGGCAUGUUUGCCGCCCAAGUGGCUGCCGUGGCGUCCUCAUCGGGUCCCCCACCGACCAAAGUUUCCUCCACACCAGUGCUAGAACCAGCUUCCCCUCCGCCGCCUCCUGUUGAAGAAGUCACCCCCCACGAAGAAGAGGUGGCUGCCCCCAUUGAGGAGAGGAGAGAACUGCACAGUUCUUCAACUCCUCCUCCGCCUGCGGUGACAGCCCCACCGACCGAGCUCCGUGGUGUCGAGGUGGCAGCAUCGCAGGGCAUUUCCACGGAGGCAGCAGAAUCUGCUGCAGCGCCUUCCGCCAGCAUAGAGGUGGCUGAGGUGCCGGCGUGCACCGAAGACGCCGAGAGUGCUGUGCCGACGGCAGAAGUGGUGGACACGCGGAACAGUGUUGCUGCGGAGGGAAGGACGCCUGUGGUUGUGGACGAGGUGGCUCCGGUAGUGACAGCCGCUGCCGCCACCACGGUGGCACCGGCCACAAGGAAGGAGCCCGAGGAAACACCAGUGGCCGCUGUGCCUGCCAAGACAGCUGUGACAGCACCGGCAGAGACUACACGGGAAACAACAGAUGGGAGGGAGAGCAAAAAGUCAGCCAAGAAGAAGAAGAUGAAAGAGUGGAACAAGAAGGGGGAGAACAAGGAGGGUGGCGACAUGGAUGCCUUUGUCGACAAGGAGGAGCAGUCGGCAGCCCAGCCAAGUGUGGCAGCCGCUGUGGCUUCUGAGGCCCCUGCCAGGACACCCAGUCCCCCUAUGAGGCUCAGCCCUACACCCCCGACCACGGCUGCAACCCCGGCUGCUGCCGCCGUCACACCUCCUGCGGAGGAGGUGGAACCCGCUACAGUGCCAGCUGCUCAGAAUACCACGCCCACGUCACCCGACCAGACAGACUCCUCGACUGGCGAAGAUGAGCAGCACAAAAAGGCGGUGAAAAUCAAAAAUGAGGAAAACUUGAGGGUCUCCAGGGAAGCUGCCGCUGCGGCUCCCGCCACCACCGCCCCAAGCGACGCAUUGGAGAAGGGUGAUGCAGAAGCCGACGAGGACGUCUCCGAGGCCCCUGCAUCUUGUCCCGCAGAAGACAUGGAGGAUGGCGAAGAGAAUGAGGAGGUCGAGGAGGAGGAGGAGGAGGAGAAUAGCACUGGUGGCAGCAAGGAGAGCGGCGAUGCCAAGGCUCCCCUGCUCAAGUACAGCUACCGCGAGGACCAGUGGAGCCCUGUGAACCCAGAAGGGCGCAAGCAGUACGACCGGCAGUUCUUGCUCAUGCUUCAGGGGGAACCGAUGUCCCUAAAGAAGCCGUUCGGCCUGCCCAACUUGGAUGUCAUCAAGGACACGGCCAUGCAGCACAAGCUUCCAGACCUUCCCCGAGGAGGCCCGUACCAGGGCGGUGGCCAGUCUUCCAUGGGUGGUGGCCCAGGCGGUGGACCUAUGGGGCGUGGUGCCCACCCCGAACACUUGUUCAUGCCUCCGUACGCGCGCAAUGGCGUGGCCCGGCCGCCUCCCGGAGGGGGUGGCGGUGGGCCUGGCCGGAGGCAGAGCCAGCCUGGCCGUGGUGGGGACAAGCCCAAGAAGGUAAUCACACUGUCGAGCUCACUCAACCAGGAUGUCAAGCUGCACGCAGCACAGAACGCCUGGAAGCCCUCCCACAAGUCGGCCGCCGAAAUUGCGGAUGAGGAAGCUGCGGCGGAGGAGCUGUACCGGCGGGUCCGGGGCAUCCUGAACAAGCUGACGCCGCAGAAGUUCCAGUCGCUGGUGGAGCAGGUGCGGAACCUCGAGAUCAACUCAGAGGAGCGCCUCAACAAGGUCAUUGACCUGGUGUUUGAGAAGGCCCUCGACGAGCCAAACUUCAGCGUGCCCUACGCCAAUAUGUGCAAACACUUGGCCAUGUUUGAAGUGCCCGUCACCAAUGACCCCGAGGGGCGAAUGGUCAACUUCCGCAAGCUGCUGCUACUCAAGUGCCAGAAGGAGUUCGAGAAGGACACCAGCGAUGACAUCCGUAAGGAGGAGCGCCUCAAGAAGAUUGAGGCUCUCACCGACGAGGAGGAGAAGGCCAAACUCAUGGACGAGCUCCUCGAUGAUGAGAAGAAGUCAAAGCGGCGCUCUCUAGGCAACAUUCGCUUCAUAGGAGAACUCUACAAUCUCAACAUGCUGACAGCGCCCAUUAUGUUCGACUGCCUAAGGCGGCUAAUCAACUCCAAUGACGAGGACUCGCUCGAGUGUCUCUGUAAGCUCCUCAUCACCAUUGGCAAGGAGCUAGACUCUGCUGCUUCCAAAGGAGCACAGGGAGGUAAGGUGAAUCCUAAAAUGCAGCUGGACGAGUACUUCCGCAAAAUGGAGAACAUCGCCAAGAAGCGGGAAGUCUCGCUACGAGUCGUCUUCAUGCUGCAGGAUGUCAUCGAUCUGCGCCACAGGAAAUGGAUCCCUCGACGAGACGAGAACAUCCCGAAGACAAUUGACCAGAUCCACGAGGAGGCUCAGCGGGAGCAGGUGAACGAAGAGCUGAUGCGUGAUACCAUGCCGCGGCCAAAGCGCGGCGAGGACCGCCGCAAGGGCGGCCGUGCUGGCGGUGGCGGGGGCUUCGAGGACGGCUGGAACACGGUGCCCAGCAAGAAGCAUGUGGACUUCAACAAGCUCAAGCAGAUCAGCACCAAGCAGACCGAGAUGGACACCAUACAGCUGGGGCCGGGCUCUCGCAUGUCCUCCUGGGCCAAGGGCAGCAGUGGCGGCGGGAAGUCCUCAAGCCAGGAGCCUGAGGGACGACCAUCCGGCGCCACGAAUCGCUUCUCUGCCCUGGCUGAUGCGUCGUCCUACGACUCUCGGCGCGGUGCCCAGCGGUCAACCGCCUCAAGCCGGGAGUCAAGCCGUGGCCGAGGCGGGAGUCAGCAGCAGACGCCCAUGCCGUCGAUGGGUGCGCGCAAAACACCGUCACAGUCGCGCGAGCGGGACGCCGCUCUGGCAGCUGUCAAGAACAUUACUUCGUCCAGUGCCCCUUCGGCAGCGGCUGCUGCUCCUGCAUCGACUCACGAGCCGGAGGUCUCCCGAGAGGACAAGGCGAAGGAGCCGGACGUGGUUCUCAAGGGCCCGCCCAACAUGGACGAGGACAUGCUAAAGACACGGACAGAGGCCCUGGUUGACCAGUUCCUGUGCAACAGCGACCUGCAAGAUGCGGUGCAGAACGUGGUGGAGCUUGCGUCGCCGGGCAACGUGCACCAGUUGGUGUCUACAGCAAUCGGCCACACGCUGGACCGUAACCCCGAGGCCCGCCGGCUGACUGGCCAGCUGCUCAAGGAGCUGCUCAAGCGCAAGGUUCUCUCGCUGGACGUCUUGACCAAGGGACUGCACGAGGUGCUGGAGUAUGGCGAGGACAUGGAGCUGGACAUCCCCAAGGUGUGGGAGUAUGUGGCCGAGCUGGUCUCGCCCCUCUUCCUCGACCUGCUGGCCCUGCAGUACCUACGUGACGCGGCUGAGCCACUGCGCCCCAUUGGCCGGGCAGGUCGGAUGGCUGCCUGUGUGCUGGCUCACCUUGCCCAGACCCUGGGCGAGGCCACUGUGGCCAACAUGUGGAGGACUGCAGGCCUCCAGUGGAGCCAUUUCCUGAAGCCUGGGGAGGAUGCCGAAGCCUUUGCAAAGGCUAAUGGUGUUGCCUUUACGUUGGGAGGAGUGCCAGCCACUCCGACCGCAGGCAGCGGUGCACCCGCUGGCCGCACUGGCGGUGGAUCUGCAGCGUCCCUGCCGGAGCUGGAUUCACAGCUCAACUUCUUGAUCCGCACCAAGGGGGCUCCUUCCCCCGCCAUCAUCGAGUGGAUUGAGUCCAAGCUUGGUGAAGCUCAGACAAAGAAGCCACCAUUCAUUCGUGCCUUGGUAACCGCUGUAGCCGAGAAUGCCAUCACACUGCUUGGUGAUGGCAAUGCCGAACUGAAGGAGGACCUCAUUAAGACAUACUCCGACCUCCUACAAAAGUACCUCAACCACGAUGAGGAGCGUGAAUUGCAAGCCCUGUACGCGCUACAGGCUCUCGUCAACCGCCUAGAGCACCCAAAAGGCAUCCUGGUGCACCUGUUCAACGCCUUCUACGACUGCGACCUGAUCUCCGAGGACGCCUUCCAGCAGUGGGCCGACAGCAAGGACUUGGCCGAGCAGGAGGGCAAGGGCGUAGCCCUCAAGUCCACCACCUCCUUCUUCACCUGGCUCGCCGAAAUGGAGGCCGACUCCGGCGAAGACAACUGAGGCGGCGGCUUUGCCACAGCUGCUACUAACCUUCUCCUCCUCAACCACUGAACGCCAGUAGCAGUGGGUUGGGAAAAAAGGGUGGACGACACGGCCCUUCUCGCACGCUCUCUCUCUCUCAUUCCUGCUCCUCUCUCGGACCGGCUCUCUAUCCCUUCUGGCUGGAUCAACGAGCGUGGCUUCCCCUACCGCAUGGGCCCAAGACGUGCAAUUGAUAAGGGAAGACUGUUCCUCCGUGGACAGGAAGGAAAAAAAAAGAAAGCGCAAGCAAAACUGGCGAUGCAAGGGAAACAACGAGCUUCGCACAUGCUGGCUGGCUGAUUGACUUCCCUCUCCCCAUCCUACUCUCUCCUGCCCUCUUUCCUCGCCUGUACUGCUUUAUUCUUUCCUCCUCUCUGACUGGCUGCUCUCAGGAUCUUCCAGAUGAGUUUUUUGCUAGAUCCGUGCACCCUCUCUCUCGCCGCCGCCGCCUCGUCUCCUUUCCUCCUGCUUCGGCCUGAUCUUCGCCCGGCGGCCAAGAAUGCGAAGGUGUCUCGGGGAAAGUGGUGUGUCGGUGGGCGUGACGGCGGCAGUAGCCUACGGUGACACAUCAAGCAGCAGCAGUGACGAAAGAAGUGACACUUUAUAUAUAUAUAUUUUUUUCUUCUUGGUGACUGUGAACUCCGCAACAAGGACAAGUGAUAAAAGUGACUGAAUACAACAAUGCUUCACUUCAUUUUUUUUUCCCUCCCUUCUCCCUUUCUUUGAAAGGAUUCUCAAGAGUGCCACCCCCCGGUUUCUGAAUCCAGUUGAACUCUUCAGCGGAGGGUGGCUUUGUGCUUUUUUUUUUCUCCUAUGUGAACAGAUAUUACGUUUUCUUUUUUCUUUCUUUCCCUCCACACUAUUUUUUGCCUGCUUUGUGCAAAAGUGCCAGGUUUUUUUGUGAUGACUCGACGCGGCCUUGGAAGCUUUUUCUUUUUAGGAUUCAAGCAACCACUUUCAAUGGACUUGCGGCCAGGCAUAUUUUUUUUCUCUCUCGAAGACUGGAAGCAAAUGUGCUGUGCGUUUCAUUUGCUGCAAUCAUGAUUGCUUCCUUUUUCUGGGUCUUUUGUAUUUUUUUUAACCUACUUUACUAGCCUUUUCACCUCCUUUUUUUUUUUCUUUCUAGAAUUUGUCUCGUUGCUUUCUGUGCAAGCAAGCAAGAGGUGCACCAGGCCUCUUGACCUGUGCAAACUAGACCUGCGUUUAUAUAUAUAUUUAACAUAUAUAUAUAUAUACACACACACACACAUAUAUAUAAAUAUGAAAUAUAUAGAAAUAUAUUUGAAUGCAGGAACGCGUCCUCUCUUCUUGCAUGACGCAUCUCAGUGUCUGAGCCAUUUUUCUUUUUUGGAGCAAACGGACACUGGUUCUAGCGAGAAGAAUUGCUGAGACAGUCUGCAUGUUUUUUUUUUUUUUCCCCUAGGUUUAUUUUUCUAGGUUUAAAUUUCUUCCGGGUCAAGUCGCGACCGCACUUUUGCGGCACCGUGGAUGGUGUGGAUGACAGGGGAUGAGAAAGCGAGUCUUCCUUGGCAGAACAUCUUGACUUUUUUUGUCGAGAAGGCGUGUGGAUUCUCUCUCCUUAUUUAAUAUAGUGAACAAAAGUCUUCUACGGUGACGGUUGUUGGGUGUUUAUGUGGAACGUUGUACAAGUGAAAAAAAAAGGGGGGGGGGGGAACAAAAAAAAUCUUACGGGAAUCUGUUUCCCACUGAAGAGGUUUUGUGAGCAUUCUUGCAUUUCGUAUGUGUUCUGUAUUUGCGUGGGAACUCCUAAACGAGCGCUCUCAAUUCUGCGUGUGUUUUUCCCCGUAAAAAAAAAGGCUUGAUGCUGGAAUGAGAAUGCUCGCAGAUCUCUACAGUUAAUUUUUUUUUAAAUGUUGGGCCUCCCUAUAUAUUGUCCCCACCCGGACUACCGCCUUUCUUCUUUAUUUUUUUUUAGCUAGGAAAAAAAUAUUCAAAUUAAACUGUUGCCGACUAUGCCGCUGGCGAAUGUCUCGAGAGCGAGGUACUGUUUGUAAAGGACUCUAGCAUUUUUUGUACAACUUAGUCUCUCUCAGAGGGAACAAAAUGAAACAAAAAAGAAGAAAAAAAGCAAAGGAGACCGUUUCGGUGCCUUUACAUGUAUUUAAGAUGCGAAUUCUUGUUACUUUUUUUCUUCGAAGAAAUAUUUUGGCGUGUGUGUGAAUGCAUGACUGCAAGAAGCACUUGCGACUUGUGCAGGGGCGUUAGGACUCUUGAAGAUGCAACAGUUUUUUUUUUUUUUUCCUCUAACGAGAAAUGAUGGUGGUGCACAUGAUUGUGUGUGCAUGCACCACGUGGGUGGAAGAGGGAGAUAUAAACUUGUACAUAGAACGUGGGGAACUGAAGACGUUCCACAUCUAUGAUUUUGAGCAGCAUAAAAAAAAGUGCAGAUUAAGAAUAAACUUUGACUUACAGACUUUA